UCCACAGCUGAAGAUAAGCUAUUUUGCAAUUCCCCGGUAGAAGAAAAUAUUUAUAAUAAAUAUUCAGAUGGAUUUCUAAGUGAUAAACAUCAUCAGAAUAUUGAUUUGCAGUUACCAUCUGAAGCAAUUUCUACUACUCCUUCUGGUUAUAAACGGGAGAAGCUAAGAUCAUCCUCACGACAAAAUUUAACAUCCCUUUCACGUGAUUUCAAAACUCCAGACACUCCAAGUGGCUAUAUCCUUCCACCAUUACCUCAAAACUCUAUUCCAGAGACUAAAUGUAACAGUAUCCCAAGACCAACGCAUGUUAGUAGGAUACCAGGUCAGGAAAGAUUUAAUAAAGGGGUAACAAAAAAUAUGCGGAUUGACAGUUAUCAACCACAGCCAAAGCAUUCAUCAUCUCUUCCUAGCAUUGUAGAGGGCCCAAAAUCCUUAAAAUAUAAAGGAACUAUGACAAGUGGAAACUUAUCAUUGAAUUCAACAGAAUCACAAGGAGCAUAUAGUCCUGCAUGUAGCUCAGAUAUUAAGAAAAUAAGUGAUCAGAAAUUAAAUAAUUCAGAGUAUUCAGUGAAUAAUCCAUCAUUAAUUAAUAAAAAUGCCCAAAGUCCUGAAUGUAAAAGUGAAUUGAAAGCAUUACAAAAUAUAUGUGAUGGAGAUGAAUGUACAAAGAAUAACAAAAUUAUUUCUUCACAGCAUAAAGAUACUCAGUCUUCAAAAACAAUGAAUUCAACUGUUAGUUCUCAGUCUCGAUCUCUGAAACCGGGAAAACAGUCAUUGAUACCUAAAAGUUCUUCAGGUUCAAAGCAAGGAAAAGAUAAUGGCAGUGCGUCAGUUAUUGAGUCUACAGACAAAGAGGAUGGUACUGUACAGAAGAGGAGAAUUUCUAGAUUUCUGCGACCUGACUUUUUUGACACCCCUCCUGAAGAAAGUACAUAUGUGAAAGAAAGAGAAGCUAAGAAAGCAGCAGAAGCAGAAAUAAAGAAAGCUAAGAGACUGGCUCGAAGAACAUCUUCUAUGCGAGAGACAUCAAACAAUAAGACUGAUAUUCAUGAUAAGAACAAUAGUAAUAUACCUGAACGGUCUAUGUCAUUAAGUAAAAAUGAUAAUAAGACUGGAAAUACAUUUCAUAAAAGUUCUGAAAUACAUCUUGCAAAUAUGGAGAAUCAUAAUGAAAAGAUAAAACCAAAUCCCAAAAUAUCAAAGAAUCCCUUGUCCCAUUCAGAUGACAAAUGUAAUAAGAAUCAAACAUGGAACUCAUCACAAAAGGGAGAUGUUCUGAGAACAUCUGGAAGUGGAUUAUGUGCAUCUGCUAAAAGUAGAGUAGGAAAAGCUAUUUCUUCACUUCAGGAACAUAAUUUCACACCUUGGGAUAAGAAAAUAGUUGCUACUGAAUCAACGUAUUUAAAACGUGCAGUUUCUGUUGAUGAUGUAAGCUUAAAAAGUCAAAGUUCUUUAAUAAAAACUAAUCCAAAGCUUGGCAGGAAAAUCAGUUCAGUUUUGGGUUUAUUUUCCAAAAUGGAUAAUCCAGCUCUAGAAAAUCAAUAUCUAUCAAAUACAUCACAGGUUCAAAAUGAUGGAGAAAUUGCCAAAAGUUACUGUGAUCAGAUACAUUCUCAGAAUGAAGUCAAAACAUCUGUUCCCUCAAGCAAUUCUUCGGAAAAAGGGAAAAAUAAAGUAGAAGAGAAGAAGCAACCUUUUGGCUCAAACUUUUCCAUAGGUGAAGCAGAAAAUGGGAUUAAAAACAUGAAACAACCUAAGUCUCUGAAAGAUUCUAAAAAUAAAGUAGAUUUAAAGAAGAAUAACAAGAAAGUAGCUGCACAAGUAAUUUCUGAUGCUCUGUGUAUCACAAAGGAUCCAUCAAAAAAAACAUUAAACAGUAACCCCCCUGAUUUCAAGAGCACUAUUGCGUCAACUGAAAAAAUUCAAGCACACAAAGGUAAUGCUUCACAUGAGCAAGAUGUAAACAAAGAUUUCUUGCCUUCAAAUUCUUCACGAUUACCAGCCCAUACUGAUGAGUCAUCUAAUAUUUCAAAAUAUAUUACUGACAAUAAACUAUCAGGUCCCAAGAUUUCCUCAGUUGAUAAUGAAAAUUGUGAACAACUUAGUCUACUUGUUUACAAAGAAAGUUCAUUACCAGAAACAAAUGAUUCAAAAUAUUUCUCAAAAGUUCCAAGUAUAAAUUCUGAAAAUUCACCUGCUGAUGAAACAGAAAGUGUUGACUCAUGGUGUGCUUCUUCAGAUAUUGAUGCUCAAGAAAACCUAGGAUUACCUGGAGAUGAUGAUGACAAAGAAUCUGAAAGUGUUGAAGAUCGUAUUCGCCGAAAAAGCUUUUAUUCACGGUUUAAUGAUGUGAAGAAGAAAGGACGUAAAAAAUCAUCUCAGUUCCUCAAAGAUUGUCGAACAACACUACUACCUACCAAUUAUCAUAAAAAUGAUAAUCAGGCAUUCCUUCCACAAGGUAGUAACACUGGAGCAGUAAGUAAAAAAUUACCAGUGCCAUCGCAUACAACAGAAACUCACAAAGAUCUGGAAGAUACAAAUAACCUUUCAAUAAGUUCCCAACAGAAUUCCAUGCCAGAAAGUAAUAAUACAAAUGAAGUAUGUAGCCUAGAGGGGAAAGAAAUAAGUUUUGAGAAAAACAGAAUAUUGGAUAAUGUUUCGAAUGCAGCAAAUGAAAACACUUCAAAUACACGUGCGUUACUAAGACCAGCUGCUUUUGCACAAAGUGUUCUAAAGAAAACACCUUCAGUAAAAGGAAAAAUGCAAACACAGCAUCAAGAUGGAAGUACUUUAAUUCCGAAACUCAGUAAUCCAGUCUCAGGAAGUCAUUGAGACAAGAAUAUAUUAUAUAUAUUUACUAUAUCACAAAACUAUUUUCUCCUGUCCAUUCACAUUACUCAGAAACAUAUGAUCUGGCAUUUUAAUAUGUUUUCACACAUGAACAUACAGUAACAAAAUAAUUAAAAAAAUAUGUAACUUACUUUAAGGAGAAGUAUUUCCAAAUAUUUUAUAUUAUUGUGAGAUGUAAGGACUGUUGUAUUGUAAUUGAGAUUGAGAAUGGAUCUCAGAAUAUGCCAUUAAGUAAAUGUAUGUAAUGUCAAGAAAUGCAAAAUUACACAUAUGUUUCAUUUCUAUUAUGCACAGGUACUCAUUUCUUGGAAAACAGCCUGUUAGGCCUAAAUAUUACCAGGAUAAAAGCUUUUUUGUUUUAUGACAAUAUGAAAUAAAUUUGUUAGCAUGUUUUUUGACUAAAUAUCAAAACUUCAAUGUAAUUUUGAAGAAUAUAUAUGGAAAAUGUAAAUAGUAUUGUGUGGAAGAAGAAGAAGGAGAAGAAGAAGAAGAAGAAGAAAAAGUUAAAAUGCAUGAAAUGUUAUGAGAGUGCUC